AUGAAUCCUACAAAUGAUGAUCCAGUGUUUGUAACCAUUUUUGACUGGGACUAUCUCUUAUGGGAAGUUCGUUUGACAUUUUUAGCUGCUGGUUUUUUAAUCUACUUGGGAGUAUUUCUUCUGUCUCACUGGUUGUCUUCACGGAUAAGUACUACUUAUCAUGCCUUGUAUCCAAAGGAGAAGGUGUUUUGGAAUAUGGCAGUCACACGUGGUGUAUUUGGACUUCAGAGUUGUGUUGCUGGAUUAUGGGCUUUGCUCAUAGAUCCUGUUUUUCAUGCUGACAAAGUGUACUCACAGCAAAAGUGGAGUUGGUUUAACUGUUUAAUAGCAGCUGGAUUUUUCUUGCUUGAAAAUGUAGCUGUUCACAUGUCCAACAUUAUUUUUAGAACAUUUGAUGUGUUUGGUAGUUCAUCACUUGCUUGCUUUUGGUGGCUUGGCUGGUCUAGUAAUAAUGUGAAAUCUGGACAUUAUCUGCCUUUGAUGGGAAUGUUGCUGGAGAUGAGUACUCCCUCAACAUGCAUUUCCUGGAUGCUCCUAAAGGCUGGCUGUGCUAAUACCUUUUUCUGGAAGGCAAACCAGUGGGUGAUGAUCCACCUGUUUCACUGCCGCAUGAUUCUUACUUAUCACAUGUGGUGGGUGUGUAUUUUCAAUUGGAAUUCUGUGAUGGAAAAUCUGGGACUUCUUCAUUUUAUUGUUUUAUUCUUGGGAUUAUUUGCUGUUACACUAAUACUUAACCCAUACUGGACAUACAAAAAAACUCAGCAGCUCCUCAGCCCAACUGACUGGAACUUUGAAAAUAAAGCAGUGGAAAAUGGAAAAUUAAAUGGUGAACCACAUCCAAAGAAGAGGAUAUAA